AUUAGACAGACUUACAGUGUUCGUAGCGGAGACGCCGAUCGUGAACCGUCAGUUGCGCGACGUUCAUCGCGGUUUCAACCACGUCUACGAUUAUUUCUUUCCAAUUAUUUUACUUUUUUUUUUUUGUUAUAAAUGUUCAUAUUUGGAUAGUUGAUAUCGCGACACGUGCAACCUAUUCACACGAAAAGCGUAAAACCGUCGCGUUAAAAGAGUGAAAGAUUCACGCGUCCAAGUAACCGCAGACGAGGAUGGUUGAUCAAAGUAUGACUACGCUGGAAUAUUCUUCCGAGAACAUGAUCGAGUCGAAGAAUAUUGGGAGGAGGCAGACAGUUCCCGUAAUUCAUACCAGAGGCACUCAUUACGACAUUGGCUUCGAUAUCGGCCGUACAUUUUCCGGAUUGAUUCAACGGUACGUUAACGUAUAUCGACCGCUCAAUGAAACGUACUUACCGCUUUACGAGACCGCUGUUGGCAACAAGAUUUACCAGGAAACUCUGAGCUGCGUACAACAGCAAUUUCCCGGUUACCUUAGGGAAAUCCAAGGAACGUCCGACGGAGCCAACGUUCCUUUUCAUAAGCUGUUUUUGAUGCAUUUGGACGACAUUGUACCAAACGUAGCAAACGGAGGAGCACAAGGGAACGAGUUACCGGUCGGUUGUUCGACCAUUAUAUGUAAUCAGCCAGGACAGGAAAUUUUAGGACAUAACGAAGACGCGCUUAGCGAAACUUUAAAUUAUUGGUAUCUGGUUUCCGCGCACGUGCUUGAACCAGGCUGCAAAGAGGAAAAAUUCACGUCUUUGAGCUAUGCCGGCUUUUUGCCAGGAUACACGAUGGGUUACAAUUAUCACGGUCUCGUUUAUACCAUCAAUACUCUUAGCGCUGCGAAUCUGAGGUCCGGCAAAACGCCUAGGUACUUUAUAACCCGAGGCUUACUUGCCGCUGAGAAUUAUCUGCAAGCUCAACAAAUUUUGAAAAACGACGGUUUCGGUGCGGCCGAAGGAUUCUCGGUAAACAUGACGUUUUUAACGCAACAAGGAGACAGAAUGUUUCACAACGCCGAGAUCGGUCCAUGCAAAAUCGAUGACACGCAAUCCCAAUUGAACAUCUUAACCAUCGGUCCUGGAGAAAAUACCGCCCACUGUAACAAAUAUCUUCGAUUGAACAUUCCAGAAGUCCAAGGUAUCAUUAUAGACAGCAGCGUAAAGAGAAUGGAGGCGAUCUGUAAGCAUCUUCCCGCGAAAUCUCGCGAGGAUGUUGCAAACAUUCUGAGCGAUCAGACGGACAACGAGUACAGAGUUUAUCAGGAAAUUAAAACAGACGACUAUGUGAAAACCAUCGCCACUGGUAUCUUUGACUGCGUAAAGAAAACCUGGUCCAUUUACACGGACAAACCAAAUUCUACGGAUCCGAUACUCGUGAUACCUUUGGAGCUGCACAACCGCGAGACGACCAAUUCUACCUUGUAAACUCGAAUAAAGUUAUCUGCCUUCCUUCCUUCCUUCCUUUCUUCCUUAAAUAAGGAAUUUAAUCGACUUUAUCGACAAUUAUACUUGCUUUCUUUUCGCGUCAACUCGCACACUUGUUUGCGUUUACGCGCGAUACUAGUAUUCGAUGUUUACGUUUCCUCGUCACCAUACUCUUCGCGUAAUUCAAUUUCACCGUUACCUUGAAUCUCGCUAUUUAUUCGUUGUUGUUUGCGUCGUAUAGCUUCGAUCCAAUGCUAGAUCCAAUCCCCGGAUGCGACCCGGGGACGUAAUCGCCCAAUAAAAAAAAAAAUGUAAAUUUCAUUAUUUAACCUACUGUCGAUAAAAAUGAACAGAUUGUAAACAAAUUUAAAAUUCUAUACAAAAUCAUUCGGAUACACUUUCUCAAAAUCCGAAAAAAAAGGGAUUAUCGAUCGAAAACAAAGCUUACGAUGUCAACGUAAAAUUGGCCUUUCGAUCGAAUAAAAGAGUGGAAUCGAAACGGAUCGUACGAUUCAAGGUUUUACAAAAAUAACCAAACAUUUUCCUUCUUCUUUUUAUCACAAAUACCUCACGAUUAAUUGCAAGCUACGCGAAUAACUUCGGUAUAUUAAAUACGAAUCAAUGAUAAUAUUAAUAUCAAUAAUAAUAAGAAUAAUAAUAAGAAUAAGAAUAAGAAUAAUAAUAUGAUUAUAAUACGACAUCGCGAGAAAAAUUCUCUAUGACUGAAUGAAAAAUACAAAGAAUGAGUUGUGUAGUUCGUAAUGAAAAUACGUCGACUUUUUCUGUAGAAAACAAAUAAAGGAUACUUGAUUCAUUUA